CUGAAUUCAAACUGAUUAGGUAGAAACUUGAAAACUCGCGCAUUAAUUUGAUMUUUAAGUUGGUAUAUCUGGUUAAAAAGGAAUUUGUAACACGGAUGCAUCCUUUAUAAAUAAGAAAGGGUGGAUUACCUCAUAAACACGACAAGUGAAAAUGGAGCCUUUGGAUCCUGUAAAGAACAUUGAAGGAGUCCGACUCUCCAGGCGUCGCAUUUCCUCUAUUUUAAAAGCACCACGGAAAUCAUCUGUGUUUAAUGACACGGAGCAAGAGGAAAAUCAGGUGGAGAGAACAAAACCAGUGGAAAAAAGGAAUUCAAGAAGAGUUAGCUUUGCUCCUGCAAAUGAUGUUCUUGUCUUUGACAAAGACGUCAAGAAUGCCUCCCCGUCUCCAAGUCCUCUCCAGGAGCUAAAGGCAGCAACGGCUGCAGCAACACAGAACCGAGUCCAGGUGGCGGUCACUGAUGAUAGGAGUCAACAGAUCAUGGGUAUAGAAAACCUGCUGAAUGCUCCUUUACAUGCCUCUCAACAAAGGAACGUGGUCAGCUUUGACAUCGGGGGUGGCUUCGGGGAGAAAACUGUGAUGUUUUCCACAGAGGACGCCCUCAUGGACUUCACCCACAACCACACCAUCAACAUCGAUGGCCACGCAGAGCUGCUGGGAGACACGUCCCGUCAGAACGUUUUGCUCCCGGGGGAAGGAGGAGAAGAUGAUGUGCGUCAGUCAGCCUCCUCCUCUGGUGACGGAAACAAGGAUUCAGAGCCUCUUUUUGAUCUUGAUUUCAAAAACUUCCUUGCGAGUCUCUCCAAGCCAAGUAGCUCCGACAGGUUGGCAGUUCCAACCCAACAAAGUCAAAGACAAAUGGAGGACAAAGAAAAUCAGGUUCCCAGCUCGAUGAGUAGCAGCAGGAGCGUGGUGGAACCCCUGAACGUGAAGGUGGACCUGACUGAAGCCCGUACAGAACGCACUCUGAGAGGAGGCGGCCAUGAUGAUGAUGAUGAUGAUGAUCCUUUUCAGUGUCUGUUUCCCACUCAGGACCUGUACGCCCAGCGGGACAGGUUGUCCUCUCAGGCGAGACGGAAAAGUUCAGGAUUGGACACCAAGAAAGGAAACACUUGUGACCGCAGAUGACCACGGAGAGAAGACAGGACAGUUUUCUACUGACGAUGUCACGCAGAGCCACAGCGUGAGGUUUACAGCAAACGAUGCUGACAUGGACAUGACGACGAACCAAACUGGAAACAUCUAUUUAAAUUCACCGCUGCACCAAAGCAUGAACUUUUCACUUCCAUCCAGAGAGAAAACUGUGGGUUUAGCUGCAGGCGAGGCAACGAUGGAUAUAACUCAGUGCCUCACCGCAAACAUCCAAAGCAUUUCAGCUUCAGAUUCUGCCUUGUUCACUGAGGAACGAGAGGAAAUCUGUGAUUCACAACGCAACAGGUCUUCAGUCAGGCACGACAUGAAGACUGGGAUUAAUGACCUGUUGACAAACACGAAUGUUAAUCCCAAGAUUGUUGAGAAAGACCAAACUGCUGUCCAGUCCUCUGAGGGUUUUACGAUGUGUCUCGAUGAUGACGUAUGCAUGGAUAUCACUAAAGCUCAAACAGGCUACAUCUUGGAAGGCUGCCUGAACACAGACGGAGCAGAACAUCUUCAGUCUUUGCUACCCACUCAGGGAACGCAGCUUCAAAGUGUUAAUCUGAGGAAGGAAAGGAAGACGUCCCAUCAGCAGAGCAACAAGAACCAUGGAUCAUCUGCAUAUAAAGAAACUUCAGUGAACAGUUCUUUACAAACAGUCACACAGAGACAUCAGGCCAAGCAUGACGUCGAAGAUGACUCCAGAGAGAAAAUGAGGUUUACCACUGCCGACGCCAACAUGGACGUCACAACAUGUCAGGCUGUCGACAUCAUAACACGUUUACCGCUGUGCUCGCUGCCGAUGGCAGACGACACGAAAACAGUGAGGUUCAAAGAAGACGACGCAGACAUGGAGGUGACGCAGAGCCACACCGCGAAAGUCGACUUGAAUGUGGCGUCCGACCAAAGCGUGAGCCUGGUACCCGCUAACGGAGAGAAGACGGUGAGGUUCACGACAGGCGGCGGUGACAUGGAUCUGACGAGAAUCAACCCCGCCAACAUUUCUACCUGUUCUGAAGCCAGGUUGCUUCAACAUGCAGCCCGUUAUCCUCCGUCUGGAGAUAAAACCGUGAGGUUCACAACAAAUGAUGCAUCUAUAGAAAUGACCAACUGCUUCACUGUAAAUAUUGACAAUAAUCUAGCUUCUUUCUUGGAUUUAACCAAUCAAAACCCUCUACCUGGCAAAGAAAACGUGGAUUUUCCCUCUGCUAACCCUGAUUCCUCCUCAUCAGCACAUUUAGAACAGGAACUUCACAGCUCCAUGUCUCUGAAAAGUGCCUCUAUGGUCCAAGCAGAGGCAACUGAUACGCCUCAAGAAACCGCUGAAUCAAACGGUUUUCAGCCUAAAYCACAGAAACCUGAGACGAGUGCUYAAAAUGAGAAAACGAUGACCAACUGCGCAGAAACUGAAUCAAGCUGUUUGAGGCCAGCGUCUGAAGUCUGUGAUCCACAACUUGAUGUGUCAUCAACACGAGACGGUUCUGAUCAUUUGAACAGUCCAACACGAGGACCCCCUGAGGAUGUAGACUCAAACAAAAUGGAGACCACGGCAGCAGAAACGAUUCCUCCGCCUCAGAAGACGGAACCUGGCGACGCAGGACACGUCGACGCGUCAAGCUCACGAACAUCUAGAAGAAAYAGCUUGGCUGAUCUCCAGUCCAAACUCAAGCGUUUGAGCAACAUUCUAAAAGCAGCUCCUGAUACCGUUGACAUCGACAGCAGCACGGUCCGUUCGCCUCAGCCGGCGGACCCCGACAAUAAGUCAGACGAUAAAACCGCGUCUUUACCCGAAGCACAGCCAGAACUCCAAAAAGACCUGCAGAAUGCUGACAAUGACACCAGUGCUCAAAGUGGACCAGAAGAAGUCUUUUCUGCUGCCAGCGCGACUCCGUUCAAACUGAAGACACAACAGCUCAUGUCCAGACUCUCAGUCGGGGGCUUUAAGCCUAAACUCCCCCAAAGGAACAAACCCAGAGAGGGGAAGAAGUCCACCUCUGCAGGAGAAGCUACAGGAACCCUCAGCGACGACGUCACCAGCCGGCUGAGAGACUUCGACCACGACAUCGACAACGUUUUCAACGAGGAGCUGGGCAGCUGUGAGGACAUGUCGGAAACGUUGGACACCAGGACUCCUGAGAAAAUCCCUGCAAACCAGAAUCCUUCCAAGGAGUUCUACACGUUUGAGCCUGUGGAGGAGGAUUUCUUUAAAGAACCCUUCGCUUCACCUUUCCACAACCAGAAAAGGCCUCUGCCAGAAGGUGAAGGCCAUAAAAGCCAUGAGAAGAAGCUGAAAAGGUGCACAGAAGAGGUUGAAACGGAGUUUCAGCCCGUCGUGGACCGUGACUUGAGCAUCGCCGCCUCUCAAACGACGAUGCAGACCAUCGAUUCUUCCAACAGCUGCAGUUAUGAAGCUGCAUCAGAGUCAACCUUUAAGCCCAGUCUGUUUGACUCCCAGCUUGAAGAUUACAGCAGUGAUGGAGUGAAAAAACUCAAAGACGGCACAAUAACGGUUAUGGAGUUCUUCCGUCUGUUCAACAUCGACUUCGUCAUCCAUAAUCCUCGGCAAAGUGUCCUUCCUGACAGAGUUUUGUCCGACGUGGAUGUCACYCCGCUGGAUUUAUUAAGGAACAGACACAUUAAUCGUCCUACAAAAAAAGUCUACGAGGCCGACAUCCAGAACCUCUCAACACGUGUGGAAGAGUUAAAGGUUCGACUGGAGGAUUUAAACCAACCUCUCAGGACUGUAAACAGACGUUUGUGGGAAGAAAUGAGGCACAUCUCAGACAAAGAGCUCAAAUGUUUUGGAGCGAAACUGAAAGAGAGAAACAGCUUCUUCAGAAAAACCAGCAGAGUCCAGUCACACCAGAUGAAGGAGGUGCUCUACAACAACCUCGUACGAGCCAAUCAGGAGGAGCAGCAGAAAUUGAGAGGAAUGAUCAUGAAGGCGGACAUGAUGCUGAAAUGUCUGGACGACUGUGUUUCAGGGUUAGAAUCAGAAUUAAAUACAAUUAUGCAAAAAGACACUGAAGACAAGAAAUGUGUAAAAACACUCGAUGAAGAAAGUACAAAAACCUCAGCAGCUUUAGCUGAAAACAAAAGACACAUUUCUGAACUGCAGCUGCAGAAGAAGCAGACUUCCAGUAAAGUGAACAAACUGAAAGCUGAGACGAGUACCCUGAAGAGCCACAUCGACACGCUGAACACGUUGAACGAGUGGAGGCUCAAAGAGAAGGAGGACGAUCGAACGAGCUUCACUUUCCUCUACGAGACCAUGAUCCUGGAGCUGCUGUUUGAAAAGCUGGACAGAAACYCUGCUGACAGCGGCGCUGAGAAGAUAACCAACAUUAACUUCAAAUUCGAGCUCGACGAGGAAACGUCUCAGUUCCACGCCCGCCUCGUUCACAAGCUGCUCUCCCAGCACAUGGAGGCCCAGUCAGGCUGGCUGCACAGAUACCCAACCAGCAGACAUGUUCCCAAGCUGCUCCAUGAUGUGAGCCUGGUGGUGAGUCCCUGUCGUUUGCUCGGAGAGGAGCUGCGUCUCCUGAAAAUGUGGGGAGCUCUUCGGUUUGAUAUACUCGACAUCAGCUCUACAGAAACUCAAGUGCGCAUCGUCUUCAGCAGUCUGAAGAAAAUGACCAAGUUUGAGGUGGUGUUCAGUGUCAGUUUGAUGAACCAGCUCUGCGUCUUUCACGUCCAAAGCUUCAAAAACAGAUUUGGAAACACAACGAUCCAACAGAUGGAGGAGAUCGUGGCGUCGGUGAGUUCAGACACGAAGCUCUUCACGCAGAUCGUCACAAAGAUACACAACACUUUGUUCAGCUGAGUUCACACAAAGAUACACAACACUUUGUUCAGCUGAGUUCANCACAAAGAUACACAACACUUUGUUCAGCUGAGUUCACACAAAGAUACACAACACUUUGUUCAGCUGAGUUCAGACCGACCGUGUUUAUAAUGAAACUGUUGUAAAAUAUAAAAGAGUCGUAAAGUUCACAUGUAAUUCUGAUUUCUGUCAGGUUUUGUUUUUUCUUUCUGUUUGUGCUCAAACAGAAUCAGCUUUUACCAACAAAGUUCUUCAAACAUUGAUAAAUAUGAAAAGAAAAAAUUAAAACACAAUUUGAUUUGUUUUAAAAGUGACUGCAUAUCAGACCAUUUCUGCAGUGGCUGAUUAAAAAAGGGGCUAAUAUGUCACAAUAGGAUAAUAAAUAAAAAAAUCAAACAAGCUGAUAAAUGAUUAUUUUCCAAUUUUGUAUAAAAAAUGUUUUUGAUUUAAAAAAAUACUUGAAGUUUGUUAUUUUCUGUGUACCAUUAAAGUGUAGAAUAAAUAAAAAUGUGUUGCAGUAAAUA